UAGAGGUAGGACCCAGCUUCAGCUGAGGGGCUGAGGAGGCAGCAGAGGAGAAGGCUGCAGCGAAGACAGCGACAAGGGUCGAAGUGUCUGAAGUGUCUGCGAGUGGAUUGUGCCUGAUCCCCCCACUGGGCUGUGUUAGCCGCUGGAUCCAGUCUUAACAACGACUGUGAGGAGUAGACGGCGUCGAACAGGAUGACCCUGAAUGGCGGCAGCGGAGCAGGAGGGAGCCGAGGCGCGGGCCGAGAGCGUGACCGCCGUCGGGGCAGCACCCCCUGGGGCCCGGCGCCCCCACUGCACCGCAGGAGCAUGCCGGUGGACGAGCGCGACCUGCAGGCGGCGCUCACCCCAGGCUCCCUGGCAGCAGCUGCGGCUGGAACCCGGACCCAGGGUCCUAGGCUGGACUGGCCAGAAGGUUCCUCUGACUCUCUCAGUUCCGGAGGCAGUGGCUCAGACGAGAGCGUUUACAAGGUGCUGCUGCUCGGAGCGCCUGGUGUGGGCAAGAGCGCUCUGGCGCGCAUCUUUGGUGGUGUAGAGGACGGACCUGAGGCAGAAGCUGCAGGGCACACAUAUGAUCGGUCUAUCACAGUGGAUGGAGAAGAAGCAUCACUUAUGGUCUAUGACAUUUGGGAGCAGGAUGGAGGCUGCUGGCUGCCUGGCCACUGCAUGGCCAUGGGGGAUGCAUACGUCAUUGUGUACUCAAUAACGGACAAGGGCAGCUUCGAGAAAGCCUCAGAACUAAGGGUCCAGCUGCAACGGGCACGGCAGACAGACAAUGUACCCAUCAUCCUCGUGGGCAACAAGAGUGACCUGGUGCGCUCUCGUGAGGUCUCUGUGGAUGAGGGCCGGGCCUACGCGGUGGUCUUCGACUGCAAGUUCAUAGAGACAUCAGUAGCACUGCAUCACAACGUCCAGGCACUGUUUGAGGGCGUCGUGCGUCAGAUACGCCUGCGCAGGGACAGCAAAGAGGAUAAUGCAUGUCGGCAAGCUGGUACCCGGUGA